AUGUGCAAAUCGAAGAAAAAGGAGGGCGGUGCUGCUGGUGGUGGCGGCGGAGGCGGCGGCGCGGCCUCGGGCGUCAUCAUCGAAACGUUGAAGCCGGGCGACGGCAAGACGUUCCCGCUACGUGGCCAAAACGUCACCUGCCACUACGUUCUCACGCUACAGGAUGGGAAGAAGAUCGACAGCUCGCGCGACCGGAACGAGCCGUUCAGCUUCAAUAUCGGCUGCGGCGAGGUGAUCAAGGGCUGGGACGAGGGCGUGGCCAAGAUGUCCGUCGGCCAGCACGCCAAGAUCACCGUCCCGCCACAUCUUGGAUACGGCGCCGAAGGGGUGCCCGACGACAUCCCCGGCAAUUCCACGCUCUUCUUCGACGUCGAGCUGCUCUCUGUUUCAGGUGUU